UGUCUAGAAAAAUAACGUAUCGAUGCGCUUUGCUUGGUUCCUGGAAGUUUCGGAUCCCAUCUCGACUGUCGCGCGUCUCUCUCUCCUCAUUAUUUGCAGGAUUUUUCUGCUUGUGACUUGGAAAUCAGCUCGUUCGUUGGCGGUAAAGAUGUCUGGGAAGGGUGCGAAGGGCCUGAUCACGGCGGGCAAAUCAUCAGUCCUCAAGGACAAGGAUAAGAAGAAGCCGGUGUCCCGCUCCUCCCGUGCCGGUCUUCAGUUCCCAGUCGGCCGUGUUCACCGUUUGCUCAAGUCGCGCAUUGCUACAAAUGGAAGAGUCGGAGCUACUGCUGCAGUUUAUUGUGCUGCCAUUUUGGAAUACCUUACUGCUGAAGUUCUGGAGCUUGCUGGCAAUGCAAGCAAGGAUCUGAAGGUGAAACGUAUAACACCAAGACAUUUACAGCUCGCAAUUCGUGGAGAUGAAGAGCUUGAUACACUCAUCAAAGGAACCAUAGCAGGCGGUGGUGUUAUCCCCCACAUCCACAAGUCUCUCAUCAACAAAUCUUCCAAAGAGUAAUUUUGAUUAUAUAGUUUCUACAUGAUGUGGCGUGCCAGUGGAGAAUACAAUUGUGUACUAUGUACUCUGUACUCCAAAAAAAAUGAAGGGCAAAAUCAUCCACUCAGCUUGCAGUGAAUACUACAGAGUAUUCACCUACUAUUUAUCCUUGGUAACCAGCUCUCUCUACUUGUAUCCCAUGCACAUCUGAAUAUUAACGGGAAUUUAUUUUAAUGGCCAAAAUAUUUUCACUUCUUGCCUGAUUGUAGCUUACAAAUUAUCAACAGUAGUAUUUUACUUCAUGUUGUGGUGGGCCAGUAUGAUAUUAUAUUUC